AUGAUUAAAUUUAUUGCCAGAAAAAUCGACCGAUCCUCUUCAUUCAACAGAGAGGAGCACUAAAAUGAAGAAGAAUAUUUAUAAGAAUACCCUGUCAAUAUUCAAAAGCAUCUCAACAUAUCAGACUAAGAAUACAGUGUUGAAUAUUAAUUAUUGAAAUAAAAUCCUCCAGGAGUGAGCUUGAAAUUGAAUAUCGGAACACCCAAAAUUGAAACACCAUCAAAGUUACCCUAUGUCGUAGAUGAAAGUCAUCAAAGGCAUUCUUAUUAUAUUAAUAUAUCAGGCAAAAAGGAAGAAUGAAAUUCUAUGAUGAUGCCAAAAAAUAUGGAUUUUUAGUCCUUGAUGAAGACGGAACAGAUGUAUUCGUUCACUAUGAUGAUCUUUAAGCCGCAGGAAUUACUAUCGAAAAAAUGAAGCUAUAUAAGAUUGUGCAUUAGUAUUAAUCAUACUAAGAUUAGGAAUAAUCCUCAAUAUGUGAAAUUUACAAAAAACGGAGGUCCUUACUUUGAAUUCACCCUUAUGAACUAUAUGGGUAAAUAUAAUAAGAGUAGAAAAGCCAUAGAUCUUUAAUUAUUGAAUUAAAUUUGA